AUGGAUAAUGAUAUAUUGGAUGAAAGGUCGAGAGAAUUUUUAGAAACUGCAGAUCAGUAUAUAACCGAACAUGGCCAUCAACAUGUAUCUGAAGAAAAUAGUAAACAACUUGUCAGUGACCAACAUAAUUUGCCUGAAGAAUUCCGUAUCGAUGAGAAUGGAGAAUUGUCCCAUCAUACAACUGGGUAUUAUGAUACAAAUGAUAUUUUAUCUGGUGAUGGAUCUACAACUCUCACUGAAGAUGACCACCGAUUAGCCAAUGAACUAGCUGCUGAGCUUGCCCAACAGAACAAAUCUCUUGUUGAUGGUGGCCAUCACGACACUCAUCUUAUGACCAGCUAUCUAUAUAGUACUGAUUUUGAUUUAAACACGAAUAGUAAACAUUCAUCCCAAACUUCAAGUCAUAUCAAUAAUCAACAAAUUAUUAGUUCUGAAAAUUUAAUAGAAGUUGAAGCUUCAGAAUCUGAUUACCAUGCAGAAAUACAAAAUAAUUUACCACACAAAAAACGUUUUCGCAAAAGAGAAUCCACCCCGGCUCCAAUGAGAAGUAUUCAUUCAAAGUGUUACAAAUGUAAACAAUGUGGUGAACAGUUUAAUUCUCAAUCUGCAGUUACUGCACAUAAACUAAUACAUGCUCCUAAACUGAAAGUUGGUGGCCGAAUGCCAUUCUUAUGCGAGAUCUGUGAUAAACAUUUUACACAUCAAAUUAAGUUUUUUGAACAUCUAAAAUGCCAUUAUGAACCACAGCAAAGUAAAGUAAUUGUAGUUACCACAGACUCUGGUACUUCACCACAUCAUGUAAAUUAUCAAAAUCACAAUAUUCAAGAAUCAACAGAUAAUAAUGAAAAUCAAUAUAUUGAAGAAACCAUUGAAGACCAACCAGAACUUCAUGAUCUUCCUCCACUUCAGAGUUAUAGAUUAACAGAAGAUGAGAGCAUGGAAGAUAAUAAACAUUGCAUAUUUUCAUCUGAUGGAUCUAUAUUGGCUGCUCAACUUCAGCAGCCAUUUCCUUCAUGUCAUCUCUGUGGUAGAAAUUUUCGACGUUUAAAAGCAUUGGAAAUUCAUAUGGCAUCUGUACACCCACAACCUGCAACUGUUGUUACUGUAAAACAGGACUGUUUGGAAGAGUUUUCUGAUCCAGAAGAUCUAAUGGAAGGCAUUCGUCAUAUGGUACCUGGUGUAGCUGAUACUGAAUCAGAAACUGAUGAAAAGCAACCAAUACAAGACCAAAUUUGGGAGUACAAUGGUGAAAGUAUUACAAAUCAUGAAGAACCUAUGAUUAAACCUAAAGAAGAAAAUAAUUGUUUGUUAAAUGGAAACGAUGAUAAUGGUGAAAACAGUCGAGCGGAACACACUUGGGAAGACGAUACCGAUGAAUUGGAACAAAUAAUGAAAAAAAAUAUAUCAAAGAAUCUUGUAUGCACUCAAUGUAAAAGAAAGUUCAAUCAUCGUAAUUCUCUACUAUAUCAUUUAAGAUCACAUUCCGGUAAAAGACCACAUAGCUGUAAACUAUGUCCUAAGAGUUUUUUCUCCAGCAGUGCUCUUAAGGUACACAAUCGGCUACACACCGGAGAUAAGCCUUUUGAAUGUGAAUGGUGUGGAAGAAAUUUUCGACAGUGGGGUGACCUUAAGUAUCAUAUUGCUUCAUUGCACUCUGAGUCUAAACAAUUUCAAUGUGAAUUUUGUGGUAAAGACUUUGCUCGUAAAUACUCUUUGAUUGUGCAUCGUCGAAUACAUACGGGUGAAAAGAAUUAUGUUUGUGAAUUUUGCAAAAAAACUUUCCGUGCGUCCUCAUAUUUGCAAAAUCAUCGUCGAAUUCACACAGGUGAAAAACCAUAUAAAUGUGAGACUUGUGGUAAAGCAUUCAGAGUACGUUCAGACAUGCGUCGACAUACUGUAGUACAUAGGAAAGAUGUUGUAAACACUGUUCAAAUUAAUAGUUAUCCUGGUCAAGUGAGUGGAAUUGUUACAUCUUCUGACAUGAGUAUCCAUUUAACUAAAUUGGAAGUGAAUAAAGAUAAAAUAACAGCAGAAUCUGAUGGAGAUGUUAAAUUCCAUGAAAAUUUCUCUCAUGAUUCCAAUCAAAUAUUAACUGCAGAUGAAGUUAGUGCACCUCUUAAUCUCAAUUUACGAGCUCAAGAUAAUGGUCAUGACGAUGAAUCAACUAAUUUUGAACAGUUUAAUGGCCGUCAAGAAAUAAUUGAUCGGGAAACAAAUACUUUAUACGUUUGGAUUCCAUCCAAUACUGAGCAAUUAUUACAAAGUGAAUAA